AUGAAGUGGGUUUAUAAAGAGGAAAAUCCAUUCGAGAAGCGACGAGCGGAAGGCGAAAAAAUUAGACGCAAGUACCCUGAUCGGAUACCUGUUAUUGUUGAGAAGGCACCGAAAGCAAGACUUCGCGAUCUGGAUAAGAAGAAAUAUUUGGUACCAUCCGACUUAACAGUUGGACAGUUUUAUUUCCUUAUUAGAAAAAGGAUACAUUUACGUCCAGAGGAUGCGCUUUUCUUUUUUGUGAAUAACUCUAUUCCACAAACAAUGACAACAAUGGGACAAAUAUAUCAAGAAAAUCACGAAGAGGAUCUUUUUCUGUACAUUGCUUACAGCGACGAAAGCGUCUACGGUUCUUCAUGA